GGAUGACCUUUGAGGACUCGACUGACCUUGAGAGUGUCCACCUAAUAACCCGGAUGAAAGAGGUCUACAAACCUGUGUGAGGAGUUAGAAUUAUGAUUUACAGUUGAUAAUUAAGGUUAGGAAUUAGAUUUCGGGUUUUCAUCACGAACUGACAUCAGCUAUAAUGCCAAAACUUUAUUUAUCCAAAUGGAUGAGUGAAUUUCGCACCAAAAACAGAUCUGUUAUCUUAUACGUGAUUAGUUCAUCCAUAAAUUAUAUUCUCGCCGUAAUUUUCAGUUUGCUGCAGUAUCAUUGUAUGGAUGAGUAAGUUGUUUGGAAGGCCAUAGCGGUGCACCGCGUAUUUUUCACGUUUCAUGACUAGCAUGUGACAUAUGUCACAUAUGGUCACAAUUUCUUACCUCGAGUGCUUAUUGUCAGUCUUUAUUGAAGUUGUUAUUCACGGGCGUAGAUCUGAAUGUAACUAGUGCUUAUAAAACUGUACUUAUUUAGCAAAGUUUUCAUCACAAAACUUGAAAAUCUCGUCAGGACAGAUUAAUAACAUUUUCAACCUUUGGAUAUUCAUAUUAUUGUUGAUUGCUAUGAUUUUAAUUAGUUUUUCAUGAAGUGUGAAUUGUUAUAAAUGAUUAGUAGUGUCGUAGUAAACAUUCGCUAUAUUAUUACGUAGAUUCUCGUAAACGAUUACUGUGGGAUGGUAUAUGUUAGCAUAUUAAGUCCCAUACGCAAUAUGAACUUAGUAUACUCAGAUUUCUUGUGUUCACGUAUACUCUCCAAAUCGGUAAAAGAACAGCAGUGAAAUGAAUUGCAGUCAAUAUUCUUACUCAUGAAUACCAGUUCAUGUCAAAGUACAUAGACUUGAAUCGUUAAAAGGUUUUAUGGUACUUAGGUUUGAGUUCAAAUAAAAUAACUUAUAUUAACUUUAAGCUAAGAUUGCUCUAAUAAAUUAACCUAUGUACGGCUUCAUUUUCAACUUAUUUGAUUAUUUCGGUGGUGCCAUCCAUAAAACCUUUCGCGAGUGAAGUCCAGGUAGUCGGCUAAACUACGGUCAGCGGUGGGAUCCAGGAUGCGUAUUCCGUCCUUGUUUGAGACUCGUUAGCUGAAUAAACCUGUACACCAUUGACGUCCUCAUUGGGACUAGAGCAUUGUUAUUUUCGCUCUAAGCACUGAGUUGUUAAGCCUAGGGCAACCAUAAUUGUGUUUCUUUGCAUCUAUGCCACCUCCGACUCGUUGGACAAGACUGUUCUGAACACUUUAUUAACAUCUUAAAAGCACUGUACACCAAUACUACAUUUAGUGAUAGCGCAUAACCACCUAUCUGCUUUUCCAUUGCAACCGUGAGUCUAGGCAGGGAUACUCAGUCUCACCAUUUAUCUCCAACUGUUUCAGAACAAGAUCGCGAUUAAGUAGUUGACCAAAGUCACUAUUCCUCUCCAAGUUUAUUGUCAAUAACACUCAUAAAACAGCUCUGACAGAAGUAGGCAGUAGUGCUUUGCAUCUGUUACCGGAAGAAAGAGUCAUAAACCUUGGGCGCAUGUUGUCUUAUUGUGCGAUGAGAAUCAUACUACUCAAUCUGCACUUAAUCAGUAGCCAUUGUCUGUAGAUAUCCUAUGUACCAUGCAUAUUCGAAAUGCAAGGCACCUCCGCCAGUCUGACAUGAGCCUGUGCUCUCACUCACUCUUAAUGUUGAGUUGUUGCAAUCAGUAGAAAUGUUCAUGUAUCUGGGUAGUUAUCUGAGUGCCGGUGGUAACGUGAAUCAAUAGACUAAUAUACGUAUAAUAAGAGGCAGGGCAAGAUAUAUCAAUCUAGGCUAUCUUUGGCGCUGUCGUGAUGUUAGUCUGGGUGUGAAAGGUCGUGUACAAUACGUUGGUUAGAGGAUUCCUACUCUGCAUUAGUGAAGCCUGACCUUCGGGUUGAGUAUUUGGUGACUCUUCAUGUGUCUGGUCAUUGUUGUCUCUGAAGGAUUGUUGAAGUCCAGUCACGACACCAUAUUAAUCAAUGCCCAACUAUGUAAUUUGCUGUACAUUAAGGGAUUAAAUUGGAUUUAAAUAGUAUGCCUAUUAAACGAUCAUCUGGACGUUUAGGACCUAUUAGUGGUGGUGUUAAUAACAAUACACGAAGAACAUGCGAGCAGAUGGUAUCGUCAGUACCAUUAGUGAAGCACUCUACAUUUCCUGUUGUGCCAAAAUUAUCCCGUAUAUCAUUUCUUUCUCUCAGUCUGAUGCUGUGCUUAACAUCGACAUUAACUCAGCAUAUGUAUCUGUAUAGGACUGUGUGGUGGUUACCGAAUUCGUCAAUCGAAUACCCUGUAGAAUUUGACUCAAUCGACUAUUAUGUUACGGCCCAUAUCAUCUUUAUGCUGUGUACUCCGUAUAUCUACUUAAUAGUGCUUAAGCUUCUUCCUUCGUUUAUAAUGACAUCACUGAUAAUGCGUUCAGUCCUGGGUUUACUCAUUUUUACUUUCUGGGGCUACAUCAUGAUCUGGAUUUUAAAUAGAAUAGAAUAUUCCGGGACAACAAUCUUGUAUCACCUAUCCGGAAUAGUGUUGCUGGCGUAUUUUCCCAUACUGACUCUCCUAGUUUACCAUUCUCGUUAUUUGGAGAAAGUCGUUUGUCAAGACAGUCGUCGUCAUCAUCCAAAUGGUACUGAUAGUGGUAAUAUUAAUUACUGGAGCGACAGUAGUUCAGGAGUUGUAUACCGACCAUCUGUUUUCAGUUUAAAAAAUUGUCUACAGUUGUUUACAUCAUCCUGUUGGCGAUGUCUCACAAUCAUUACGGACUGGCCAUGUUUACCUUCCGAGAACAUGUUUUUUCCAAUUCCAUAUAUAUUUAUUCCUUCAAGACAACUCCAUACAUCAACUGAUCAUCCAUCAUUUCAAACCAUCUAUACAAGUGACGUAGAUUCAAAUAAUUAUUUAAUGAAUCAUCAGUGUUUAGGUGCAACACCUGAACAAAUACGUGAAGAAGUUGAACUGUAUAGACGUGAUUUUAAUGCAAGGUUAAUGGAUAUUUUAAUUGGUACCUUACAUGCAGUUUAUUAUGGAUGCUUUCUACCAAUGAUAUUUGUUCAGAAUGAACAUUUAUAUAUUGAUUAUUGGUGGUGUCUUCAACAUUGUUUCUUAACUGGUUUAGUAGUCUUUCUGUUACGUUGGCAUUAUUUUCUACCCUGUGAUUACAUCGAUUUACUACAUCGAAUUUCUAUGCAUCUGGGUAGUUGGGAGAAUUCGCUCACACGAAGUGGAUAUAUAAACGCAACAUCGUGGUCAUCGUCUACCAUUUAUCCACAUGGGGUUGCAGUCAAACAUAUGCAUGGUCUAUUUCGAUCUGUUGGAAUUAAUAACUGUGCUGAACCAGGCAAUCAACUUCAUUCACGAUUUUAUUUUAUAUUCGACAAUCCGAAAUAUAUAAGUAGUAUACUAUUGUGUCUUUCAUCAUUUAGUGUACUCUAUCAAUGUAUUUGUUCAUAUUGGAUUUAUGAAUGGUAUAAAUUAAUUGGUUUAAUUAUUGAUGCUUUAUUUUGUUUUCUUAAUUUAUAUUUACAUUUUCGUACUUUAAUUUUAAUACAUUUUGUUUAUUCUCAAGAGAAAUUAUGUAAUUUAACAAAUUAUUUAAAUAUUCAUUCAUUUCGUUUAUUUUCAUCGAAUUAUUGUCAUUCAUCUACAAUUUCUAUUACUAAUUAAAUUCUAUUAUCUUCUUUCUAAUGUCAAUUUAUUUAAUUCAUCAUUAUUAUACCUUUUGUUUGUUUUUUUUUUCUUUUUGUCUUGACAAUCAUAGAUUACUUUUUGUAAGUUUCAUUUUUAAUUGUUGUUGUUGUUGUUGUUGUUUUACUUUUUCUUAAUCGAUCAUAUUUUCCAUUGUUUAGUUUCAAGGUAUAUUUUCCUUGUAUAAAUCUAUGGGAAUAUGUUCUAGUUACUACAUGGUUACUAAAUCAUAUACUUGCGUUUUUUUUAUUUUUUUGUUAAUAAAAUAAUAAAUAAAUAUGGUUUUAC